UAAUCUAUUAUAUAAUUGCUCUAACAAUAAAUCCAUAUAAAUAUAUGAUAAAUUAUUCAAAUGUGAUCAUUACCGCAUAUAAUUCUAUUAAUAGUAUAAAUUUUUAAUGGUUUAGUUAUGUUUAAUAGGUAUAUAAUUUGUAUUUUAAAAUUGUAAGUAUUCAUUUGGUUCUUACUUUGGUUUCUAUUUUUUUUAUGCUCGAUUAUUUGUGAAAUUCAGCUUAAUUUUGAGUCUUUUUUCCAGUUUGGUACGGUUCAGUGCACUCGGAUAAAUGUACUCAAACCUAUACAUGAUCUCUUAUAUAAGAAGAACUUAUUUAAUUUCAAAAAUAAAUCCGCUCUUUCUAAGCGCGGAUCAAAAUCUAGUUCAAAAUUAAAGUUAAAUGAAACACUCAAAUUUCAAAAUUUAUGUGUUACAUCGAAGAUCAACUUUACCUGUAGACCGAAUAAAGUGGGACUUGACUAAAGUUGUAAGCAAUUUUGUUUUUUUGGUCAACAAGUUGUAAGCAAAAUUUUUUUGCUAAAUGAGUUGUAAGCAAUUUGAAAAACGAAACAUACAUAUAUAGUUGUUCCCGAUGAAUUUACCCAGAUAACAUACGAACAAAAAGAUCAAACUUUGAAACUGAAAUCAGUUGGGAUCAAUACCUUGUAUUUUUUUUUUUAAGUAUUUAUAUUAUAUAUGGAAAAUUGCAAAGUUGCGUGGUGUCUCCUCUCACAUGUGACAUGUGUAUAUGCAUUUUUCUCAACAUCUAUAGAUGUAAACAUGAUACAUUUUUCAUUGAAUUAACUCUUCUUUACUUUAUUAAACAGCACCUUAAUCUACAAGUAUAAGUAAUGAAUAUCAAUACAAACAUGUAACUGCCUAUAAAUAGGCUUGCAAACGCAUAAGAAACAUAUACAAGAUAACAAAAUGGCAGUAUCAUCAAAUCAUGUGGUUCUCUUCCCUUACAUGUCAAAAGGCCACACAAUCCCUCUCCUCCAGUUCGGCCGUCUAUUACUCCGUCACAGCUGCAAGCAACCAACCACCGUCUCCAUAACCAUCUUCACCACCCCCAAGAACGAACCUUUUGUGUCCGAGUUCCUCUCCGACACACCGGAGAACAAAGUCAUAUCUCUCCCUUUCCCGGAAAAAAUAACCGGAAUCCCUCCCGGAGUCGAGAGCACCGACAAGCUCCCUUCCAUGUCACUCUACGUUCCCUUCACGCGCGCCACGAAGCUUCUCCAACCUUUCUUGGAAGAAUCACUAAAGAAUCUUCCAGAAGUUUCCUUCAUGGUCUCAGAUGGAUUCCUCUGGUGGACAUCGGAGUCCGCAGAUAAGUUCAAGAUUCCAAGAUUGGUCUUCUAUGGCAUGAACUCGUACGCUGUUGCUGUCCCUGUCUCUGCUUUCAAACACAAACUCUUUACCGAACCGGAAACUGAAUCUGAUACUGAACCGGUAACAGUACCAGACUUUCCAUGGAUCCGGAUAAAGAAGUGUGAUAUCAGCCAUGGUUUUCAGUCGGGUGAAGCGGCUGAGCUAAUCAUUGACCAAAGAAUGUCGACUACUACAAGCCAUGGGUUCUUAGUAAAUAGUUUCUACGAGCUUGAGUCAACAUUCGUCGAUUACAACAACAACUCUGGCAGACCAAAGUCGUGGUGUGUUGGACCACUAUGCCUGACAGAUCUUCCUAAACAAGGACGUGCUAAACCGGCUUGGGUUCACUGGCUGGACCGGAAGUUAGAGGAAGGAUGUCCGGUUUUGUACGUGGCGUUUGGAACGCAAGCAGAGAUAUCAAACAAGCAACUCAAUGAAUUAGCUUUUGGCUUGGAAGAUUCCAAGAUAAACUUUUUAUGGGUCACAAGAAAAGACGUGGAAGAGAUUAUUGGAGAGGGGUUCAAAGAUAGAAUAAGAGAUACUGGGAUGAUAGUGACAGAUUGGGUAGACCAGUGGGAGAUACUGUCACAUGAAAGUGUUGAAGGUUUCUUGAGUCAUUGUGGCUGGAACUCAGCACAAGAGAGUAUAUGCGUUGGGGUCCCAUUGUUGGCUUGGCCAAUGAUGGCCGAUCAACCACUCAACGCGAAGAUGGUAGCUGAGGAGGUAAAAGUUGGAGUAAGAGUUGAAACCCAAGACGGGAGUGUGCAAGGAUUCGUGACACGAAAGGAAUUAAGUCAAAAGAUUCGAGAACUAAUGGAAGGAGACGGAAAACUCGCAAGGGAAAAUGUAAAAGAAUAUUCAAAAAUGGCAAAAGAAGCUUUGGUCCAAGGGACUGGUUCCUCUUGGAAGAAUUUAGACUUGCUUCUGGAAACGUUAUGCAAGAGUAGAGAGCCAACCGUAUACUAAUAUCAAUAUGUAAUGUGUAGUAAGAUUGAAGAUUGGCUUUUCAAAAAAAAAAGAUUGAGGAUUGGACAACUUAACCGGAAUUAAACCGGCUAGUAUAUGUCUUUGGUCCAGAUUUAGAACCGUUCGUAUGAUACAAUCAGCGUCCAGUUUAUGUAUUGUUUUAGUUGGAUAGUCCGUAUAAACUAAACUGGUUGAACAACAAACCACAAAGCAUGAUCUUAACAAUAAUAAGUUUUUUCUUUAGGUUCAUUAAUUACACAACAAUCGUAAAGAAAACCUAAUCAGUAUGGUUUAAAACUUUAAAUAUUUUUU